GUGGCGCUGGGGGCGGCAGGCGGCGGGGCGGGCGCAGGAUGAGGGCGGCCAUUGCUGGGGCUCCGCCGCGGGGAGGAGGACGCUGAGGAGGCGCCGAGCAGCGCAACGCUGCGGGGGAGGCGCCCGCGCCGACGCGGGGCUCAUGGCCAGGACCACCAGCCAGCUGUAUGACGCUGUUCCCAUUCAGUCCAGUGUGGUGCUAUGUUCCUGCCCGUCCCCAUCAAUGGUGAGGUCCCAGACUGAGUCCAGCUCGGCCCCUGGCAUUCCUAGUGGUGUUAGCAGGCAGGGACCCACUAUGGACAGCACCACAGCCGAAGCCCGACCAAGCACCAACCCCUUGCAGCAGCAUCCUGCCCAGCUGCCACCACAGCCUCGAAAGAAACGGCCUGAAGACUUCAAGUUUGGGAAAAUUCUUGGGGAGGGCUCCUUUUCUACAGUUGUUCUGGCCCGAGAACUGGCCACUUCCAGAGAAUAUGCCAUUAAAAUUCUGGAGAAGCGUCAUAUUAUAAAAGAGAACAAAGUCCCGUACGUAACUAGAGAGAGAGAUGUGAUGUCACGCCUGGAUCACCCCUUCUUUGUGAAACUUUACUUUACAUUUCAGGAUGAUGAAAAGCUGUAUUUUGGCCUUAGUUAUGCCAAAAAUGGAGAGCUACUUAAAUACAUCCGCAAAAUUGGUUCAUUUGAUGAGACCUGUACCCGGUUUUACACAGCUGAAAUUGUGUCUGCAUUAGAGUACUUGCAUGGCAAGGGCAUCAUUCACAGAGACCUUAAGCCAGAAAACAUUUUGUUAAAUGAAGACAUGCACAUCCAGAUCACAGAUUUUGGAACAGCAAAAGUGCUAUCCCCAGAGAGCAAACAAGCAAGGGCCAACUCAUUUGUAGGAACAGCACAGUAUGUUUCUCCAGAGCUGCUCACAGAGAAGUCGGCGUGUAAGAGUUCAGACCUUUGGGCUCUUGGAUGUAUAAUCUAUCAGCUUGUGGCAGGACUACCACCGUUCAGAGCCGGAAAUGAAUAUCUUAUAUUUCAGAAGAUCAUUAAACUGGAAUAUGAUUUCCCAGAGAAAUUCUUCCCUAAGGCGAGGGAUCUUGUGGAAAAACUUUUGGUUUUAGAUGCCACAAAGCGUUUAGGCUGUGAAGAGAUGGAAGGGUACGAGCCUCUCAAAGCUCAUCCGUUCUUUGAGUCCAUCACAUGGGAAAAUCUGCACCAGCAGACACCUCCGAAGCUCACAGCUUACUUGCCAGCCAUGUCAGAGGAUGAUGAAGACUGCUAUGGCAACUACGACAAUCUCCUGAGCCAGUUUGGCUGCAUGCAGGUGUCAUCCUCCUCCUCUUCCCACUCUUUGUCUGCGGUGGAUGCCAGCCUGCCCCAGAGGUCGGGCAGCAACAUAGAGCAGUACAUCCAUGAUUUGGACACUAACUCUUUUGAACUAGACUUACAGUUUUCAGAAGAUGAAAAAAGGUUGUUAUUGGAAAAACAAGCCGGUGGAAACCCUUGGCACCAGUUUGUAGAAAAUAAUCUAAUAUUAAAAAUGGGUCCAGUGGAUAAACGAAAGGGUUUAUUUGCAAGACGACGGCAGUUAUUACUCACAGAAGGGCCACAUUUAUAUUAUGUUGAUCCUGUCAACAAAGUCUUGAAAGGUGAAAUUCCAUGGUCACAAGAACUCCGACCAGAGGCCAAGAAUUUUAAAACUUUCUUUGUCCACACGCCUAACAGGACAUAUUACCUGAUGGAUCCAAGCGGGAAUGCUCACAAGUGGUGCAGAAAGAUCCAGGAGGUUUGGAGGCAGCGGUACCAGAGUCAUCCAGAUGCUGCUGUGCAGUGACGUGGCCUGCGGCCGGGCUGCCUAUUGCUGCCAGGACACCCGCCCCAGUGCGGCUCGGCCGCCACCCAGGACCCUUCCAGACCACCUGCCAGCCAUCUCAAGGAGAACAUAGAUGGCAGAAAUCUUGCAGCUUUUUUAUUUAAAAGAAAAGAAGAAAAAAAGAACCCAACCACACAAAGAACAAAACAAAUAACCAACAAACAGGAAUUCAGGGUCGCUUUGCUUGCUCUCUGUGCUCUGUGGUGGCUUCCAUGUGCUGCUGUGGCCAUGGAGACCCAGCUCCUUGCACGGUAGCCCAGCUUCUGCCCAGACCAGUGGCCAGAUUUGGCAUCACCAGCCCCUCCUAGCAUUUACAGGAAUCGCAUGCCUGCUUCUACCCUUCCUCACCUGGUAAACACAGCUCCUGCUGUGACUGAGGGACUGGGUGUAUCUGGCUUUUUCUGCCUACCCAAAUUGUUACAGAAUCUGUCACCGGGAGCCUCUUCACUCCUCUGCUGGAGUGGUCACCAGCUUACUGUGGGUACAGGGCUCUUAGCUUCUGUGUGUUCUCCCUUCCUUGAGUCCCUUGUAUGGCCCUAGAGUUAAGGUCAGGUGUGAUUCUGGUGGCAGGAUUUCUGUUGUUCCUGCCUUACAGGAGGCAAGUUGUAUGGUAAGAAGUAUGCAAGCUGCUGUGGUUACAGGGUGCCCUCACUGGGCUCUGCUCCAGUGUUCCACUUCCUAGCAGUUUAUCCAGUGAACUAGACACCAAGCCAAGCAAGUGUCCAGAGGGGUGUUGUCAUACUAGCACCUAGGUAACACCAACUAGGUCAUAUCAGAUACAGAAUCUUGUCCAGAAUCUGGGCAAGGCUGGAGGUGCCAUGGAGAAUACAGCCUGGGCCACAGCUUGGAUGUGGAGAAGUGGGCCAGCAGACCCUACUGGGAGUAUCUCCACAGGUUUAGAUGUUUUGGCCACAUGCCCAAUGAGGCAGACUGAAAAACAUUGCAGGGUGUGUGGCAGUCUCCCGCCCAGCCUCACUUGCCCCUGUUGAUACUGUAGCUGAACACUUCCAUAAAGUGUGGAUCUUGUCAGGAAAGAAUGUCACCACUGUCUGGCUCACAGGAACAGCCCAUUUCACCUGAACCUGCCUGUGUUGGCAUUCUUUGCCAGUAUUAGGACACUUCUUUGAUGAUAAGCUGACAGUGCUUUGUUCCGUAAUACAGAUGGCCUGGGAUAUUUUGGCACUUCUUGCAGAGUGCUUCCAAGGGACUUGGUUGUACCUCUCUCUGGCUAGGAUGUCCCUGAAGAAUGGCCCUUGGUAUCUAGUGGGGAAAAAUAGGCACCUGCCUUCAUAGUCUGCUCACAGCACCACCUCUGACACUCAUGUCCCAAAGGCAACAAUAAUUUUGCCAUUUCUGUUGACUUUCACAAAGGCGACCCAAAAUGCCCACAUAAAUAACCCCACUUCUGUCGACAGUGACCAUCUAUCUGUGUGCGAGGCCAUCCAAACUGAGAGGGGGAAAGAGUCUAUUCUCAAACCUAACGAAAAGAGUGGUUUUCUUAAACUGGGGUGGGGUGUAGAUGAGAAGCCCGCCAUCAUGCCAUGGCAGGGGUGCCGGAGGGGAACAGAGGUCUCCUUUAGAGUCUGGUAGAUUGUGUGAUCCAGGAGCAGGACCUCACCUACCCGUAGGACCCAGGGAAUAGAUAUGGCCUAGUAUGCUGUCAGCCUAUUAGUUAAAGAGGGUACUCUUUCUCCUGGUUUUUGAAGAGCCUGUGUUAGCUAAGUACACUUGGCUGUUUCCUCCUUGGACUCCUAUUCUUGCUCAUGCCUUGUUGCUAUUUAGCCUUCAUAGUGUCCAUUACCCUGCCUUUGCAUGGGUAAGAGUGGCUUCCUGCCUCUUGCAUGCAUGCAGGUACAGGGAAGGCAUCUCUGAGGGCACAGCUACAGGGGAGCACAUGGGACCGAGGCUUGAAUUAGAAUGCCUGGCUGGCUGUGUAGGGGAGAGUCCUCUGUUGCUUCCUUUCCCGGAGAGCACCACUACCUCCUGGGCUUUACCAAGCACCAUCCUGACCUCUAAAAUCAGGGUUCAGCUAGGCUGGUAGUGAGUGGCCACCAUGGCUGCCUAGUGCUACAACAGCUGAGCUCUUCCCAGGUCACCUUUGUCCUUACUGUCCCCUUUUCCUUGAUUUUUUUUUCUUUUUUCUUUCUUUCUUUUUUUUUUUUAAGAACCAUGCACAUUCUUUUCUUACCCUGACUUAGAUUACUUUUCAUUUUUUCCAGUUGUCUUUCGAGCCAUCACCCAGUGUGCAGGUGCCUUACAUUGUAGGAGAGGAUGUGAGUGUCAGUUUGUACAACUGUUUGCGUGUGUGUGUGUGUGUGUGUGUGUGUGUGUGUGUGUGUAGAACAGUAAAUUCAGGAUAUAUGUAAGGAGAGAAAGAAAUGCUCUAUUAGCUCCAGAAGUCGUAUGUUCUAAGAAUGGCAAGGAUGGGUAGAAAGUUGAAGACUGUUCUCUGGCUUCUACCUAGGUACGGUGGGUUGAGCCCACUGAACCUUGCCGUCUCUUGGUGUCACAGUGAAACUUAGCUUGAAUGGGUCAUUUCCACUUGUUUUUCUAGGCUUCAGCUGGGCAGUGGGCAUCCCCGUGUAGAGCUGAGUCUCUCCCCUCCAGGGAGUUGGUGACAUGACUCAGCUGUCAUUCUGAGCUAUAACCUGGUAAUCCAGUAAAAAACCACUUUGAGAAAGAUGGCUUGUAUUAGGCUGAAAUUGGUAGAAACCUUGCCUGCUGCAGCCCUCUUGGAUCACAAACACUUGGGUCACCCUAGUGUUUGUGAUCCAAGCUUGAAGUAACCUUGCAGACAGUUGUGUGGCACAGACUCCCAGUGCCAGCAAGGGGGCCGUAGGUAAUUGUGUGCUUUCUUUAAAGUAAUGUCUGUUUUCUGAAAGUAAAAGAAAAAAAAUAGGCCCAUCAUUCAGAGACCACUGUGAGCAUUUUGAUAUAAGUCCUGCUCUCCCCAGCUUUUGUUGUUCCAGUGCUGGGAAUUGAGUUGGGGGAUUCAGGAGUGCUACGCAAGUGCUCUACCACGGAGCUACAGCUUUAGUCCUUGUUUGCUUUUUUAAACCAAACUGGGAACACAUACAACAUUAAUCAUUUUGCAUCCAGCUUUUCCACUUGACUUAAGCAUUUCUCCAUACCAUCAAUAGUUCUUCAGAAGCACGUUUUUAAUAAUUGUGGAGUCAAAUGGUUGUAAAUUUAUAAGUUAUCCAAUUGUUUCCCUGUUGUAAAACAUUCAGAUAGUUUUUGAGUUUUCUGUGUGUGUGUGUGUGGUGUUUUUUUUUUUUUUUCUAUUUAAUGCUGUGGUGAAUAUACUUAAAUGUCUUUGAUUUUUACUCUGAUUUUUCCCCUCCCUCACAUACCUGCAAGUGGUAUUCUUUGGGGGGGCACACAAAGAAUUUGUUCAUUUUACAGCUACUCCUCCUUCUUGGUCUGAUGUUUAGAUGCUCUGAAUUCCAGUUACAAACCCUCCUUCCUCGUGUCCUACAGAGUUUGAACACAUCAGUUCUUGCUUGUUCCCAAGAAAUUUUGACUAUGACUGCUUUUUUUUUUUAAUGCUAAAAUAUCAUUGCUGCAGAUUCUUUUGUGACAGAUUUUUCCACAAGCCAGUUUCUUCAUUUUCAUUGCAAGAAUCUGGCCAUGCAUGUUACUUCUCUUCCAUCCUUGCUGCUAUGGCUUCCAAGUGCUUGGUGAUGUUUUCAGAAUCUUAUACUUUGUAUCCGUGAUGGUACUGAAUCUGCUUCUACACAGCAGAGAUAAAGUGUUGAACUGACCUUGCCACAUGCCUGAUGGGUAAUUCAUAAUUAAGUCUACAGACUCAAAGUGCAUUUGGGCCAUUUGGGGAUCAGUAGCAAAGCAAAGUAGCAAAGCUCUUCUUGGAAAAGAAACCAUGUAGAUGAUUGGGUUUUAUCAAAAGUACAGUUCCAUUCUUGCCCCACCCCUCCUCAGGUCUCAGCGGCUCUGGACAGCACAGUGGCCAGGCUUUUUCAUUGCGGAGGAUGGGUAUCCCAGCCGAUGCUUAUGUAAACCUCCCUGUGUGCUACAGUGCUGCAGGUAACUAUGAUCUUCAGGCUCAGACUGCCCACCCAAAUUGUUUUAUCUUUAUCUGUGUUAUGGGGCCUGUUGCCUCAAUUUGGAAACAUGGAGCAGAGAUUUUUCUGGGCACUAUACUCAGUGUUACUUGACUCUGCCAGAGCCUAAGGCUCUAGAUGUGCAGAAAUCAGCUCCCUGCCCUCCUCUGAUGGCCUCAAGGCUUCUCCCCAUGGCUCCAUAGACCCAGGGUGCUCAUAGUUGAGACUUGGGAGGCUGCAGCAACUCUGAGUAUGGUGAAGAUGCUACCAUAUACACUUUUUCCAUUUGUUUUUAUGCAAAACCCAACAUUAACUAAGUUAAUGAGUUAAACAUUAAAUAAGUUAAUGAGUGUAGCACCUCUUAGGUAGAAUGUAGGACACAGGCCCUGACGGAUUAAACAGGGCUGGGACCACUCUCAGAGCCUCUGAACAUAAUUGACUUCUGGCCUAAUACUUCAGGGUUAUAAAUCAGAAUGUCUGUGAAAAAGUGGCCUAAGAAGGAAGCUGUUUCUGUCAAAGCACUUUUGCAGUGGUGAGCAAAUGAAUUAGCCAAUGUGAAUACCUGAAAAUUUCCUGUAAUUCAUUUCUUCCAAAUGAAGAAUCCAAACUGUACAGAAGUUUUUACAAAAGGCAAAAUUUCCCCUCCCCAUGUAGUCCACCCCAGUUUAAUGAUCUGGGUUAAUGACUACAAGUGGGUUGUUGUGCAGAUGAAAGCCUCCAUUAAAACCAUAGUGUGAUUGGACAUUGGCAAAUUAAACUGUUACAGUAUUUAGAGCUGCUGCGGCUGUUCCAUAGCCACGUACAGUAGGAUGAAUCAAUAGUCUAUUGCUGUCGUUCAGGUUGGUGGCAGUCAGUUAGAACAUGUGUAAUAUUCUCUACCUGGUCUGUAGCUGUAACUGUGAUGUACAGGCAAAGCAAAAAUUAAAAAUACUUAUGAAAACAGAUAAUGCAAUGAUACUAGGAUAUACACUUUUGUAUUUUUAUUCUUAUAUAAGGUUAUUUGCUGGCUAUUGUCGGCCUCUAGUUCAGUCUGUUAUUUAAAUUCUAAUAUAUGAAUUAUUUGGAUUGAAUUCAUGUUUGGGGCCACGUUUAUGUAUGUAUUGAUGUACAGCCUUGAAUGUGAAUAAUUAUUGUAAACUAUAUUUUACAACUUUUUUCCUGGCUUUAUUAUAUAUAAAUUUUCUAUUUGGUCAUGGUUUAAUCAUAUAAUUUAAUGAAACAAUUUUUUCUUUUUUUUUUUUUUUUUCAAGUAUCUGUGCUUUAGAUGUAAUUACCGGAUGAUGGAUUUCCCUUGUAUGCUCGGUAGUCUUGUAAUAAAAGCAUGUAGAGUGUA